AUGUCGAGCGUAACCUCACCCGACAAGAGCAACACAUGGGCUCAGCCCAGUGCCGCCGAGUUUGAUUUUCGCAGCGACACGCUCACCACACCCACUGCGUCCAUGCUCCACGCCAUCUCCCGCGCCACUUUACAAGACGACGUAUACCGGGAAGACGCGACCACCAACUCUCUCGAAUCGUCCAUUGCCCAGCUCUGCGAGCACGAGGCCGGGCUAUUCGUCAUGUCCGGGACGAUGGGCAACCAGCUCGCAUUACGGACCCACCUCACGCAGCCUCCGCACAGCGUGCUCUGCGACCACCGGGCACACAUAUUGCGCUGGGAAUGCGGCACCGCGGCAUUUCUCAGCGGCGCUAUGCUCGAGGGCAUUGUCCCUUCCAACGGGUCCUAUCUAACCCUGGAAGACAUCAAGCGGCACGUCGUCCUAGGGGACGAAAUCCACUCCUGUCCCACACGAGUAAUCAGUCUCGAGAACACCUUGGGAGGGGGGAUCAUGCCCGUGGCAGAAAUGCAGCGCAUCUCGGCAUUCGCAAGACAGCAUGGAAUCAAACUGCAUCUCGAUGGCGCAAGACUCUGGGAAGCCGCCGCAGCAAUCAACCAGGAGGCGGCGGCCACUACCGCUCGUGAUGGAGUCCCUCCCCCCGCCCCAACCCCCGGAAUCAACGACUUCACGCGCCUGUUCGACAGCAUCUCGCUCUGUUUCUCCAAGGGCCUGGGCGCGCCCGUAGGCAGCAUGCUCGUCGGGCGCGCCGACUUCAUCAAGCGGGCGCGGUGGUUCCGCAAGGCCAUGGGCGGGGGGAUCCGCCAAGCGGGUAUUCUGACAGCCGCCGCCCGCGUCGCCGUCGACGAGACAUUCGGCAAAGGUCCGCGCGGCGAGGGCGGGAAACUGCAAGGCACGCACGCGCGAGCGAAACGCAUCGCGCGGGCUUGGGAAGGGCUAGGCGGGACGCUGGAGGCCGGCAAAAAGGUGGAAACGAAUAUGGUCUGGCUUGAUCUGGACAAGUCUGGUGUGAGUGUUGAGGAGCUGGUAGCGCAGGGGGAGAAGCACGGUCUCACGCUGCGAGGAGGCGGGAGGUUGGUUGUGCAUUAUCAGAUUUCAGACGAGGCGGAGCGCAGACUGGUCGAGGUCAUGAGGACUGUGUUGCGGGAUAGAAGCACAGCGACAGCGACAGCGACAGCGGAUGCGCAGGUCAAUGGUGGAAAAGAGGGAAAAGAGGGCUAUAGAUCCUAUGGAUAG